CCCAAAACAGCGCCGACCAGUUUCUCCGUCGCCAGGGAACGACACCUCAGCUUCUCAAACCUCCACACCACUCCAUCAUCAUCGACGCCAACUCGACACGCACCAGCCGCCCGCGACCGUUGCCAUCUCGAAUUCUCGUCUAAAAGCAUCUUCCCGAUCACUACUUUUGCUUUCUUUUAGUUUUAAGCUUCCACAUCGUCCAAAAUGCCUGUCACGGAACUCUGCCCCGUCUAUGCGCCAUUCUUUGGUGUCAUGGGCUGCACUUGCGCCAUUGUCUUCACCUGCCUUGGUGCCGCCUACGGUACCGCCAAGUCUGGUGUUGGUAUCGCCGCCAUGGGUGUCCUCCGCCCUGAUCUCAUCGUCAAGAACAUUGUCCCCGUUAUUAUGGCUGGUAUCAUUGGUAUCUACGGUCUCGUCGUUUCUGUCCUCAUCUCCGACGGCCUCAAGCAGGAGAUGGCUCUCUACACUGGUUUCAUUCAGUUCGGUGCUGGUCUUUCCGUCGGUCUUGCUGGUCUUGCUGCUGGUUUCGCUAUCGGUAUCGUUGGUGAUGCCGGUGUCCGUGGCAGCGCCCAACAGCCCCGUCUCUUUGUUGGUAUGAUUUUGAUUCUCAUUUUCGCCGAAGUCUUGGGUCUCUACGGUCUCAUUGUCGCCCUGUUGAUGAACUCCAAGGCCGACGCGUUUAACUGCUAAUAAACAAACCAAGAUACGAAAAAUGGACAUGGCUUGAUCAGUUUUACUUUUGACAAAACAGGAAGAGUAUAAAUGUCUGUUGGUCUUGGGUCAAUUGAUCGAAUAAUGGUUACGGCUACUGGUGGGGGGUUACGCUGUGUGCCUGCGUUGUACUUUUUUUCCUCUCCGGGUGCACGGCAAGCUAUUCCCACAAGUUUGGACUGCAUUGCGUAAGCUGCGGAUAUGUUCAUCUCAGGUUGUAAACUGAGACGGGAGAGGAUCGUUGUAUAUGUAUACUAGCGACGAGACUUUGUUUGGCUGCCGCGAAGGGGUUGAUUGUUCUCGUUUUAGACAGGUUGUAAAGGAAUCUACUUAGGGCAGGAAUGCACUUUAUCAUUUUG